UGUUUGUACGUAUGAAUGUAAUUUUUAUAAUUAAUAUAUAAAUAUUUAUAUAUUAUAUAUAUAUAUAUGUAUGUGUAUGUAUAUCAAUUUAUAUACAUAUAAACAAGGAGUUUAUUACCCGCACCCUGUCAACACGUUCAAACGGGCAAAACUUUUUUUACUCAAGGAGAGAAACCUCACGUUUAUAUAUCUACCUUUUUACACGGAAUAAUUAAUACCUAAAUUUUAACAGCGCAUUUCAUAUAUAUAUAUAUAUAUAUAUAUAUACAUAUAUAUAUAUAUCUUUGACUCAUUCAUAUAUAGAUAGAUAUGUUUCACAAACAGGCACACACACAUACAUAAAUUGAAGUAUGUGCAUAUUAUACACACACAAUUCGUACGUAAAACAGCAUACAUCUACCUAUCCAUAUAUACAUAUACAGUUAUACAAACACAGCGUGCAAUAUUAGCUUUUAUAACCGUUGCAACUGUUUAUUGUGCUUAUUAUUGGUAAUAUUAGUGUUAUAACUAGUGCCAAAGAUAUAAACCGUUUCUAUUAUUAUUAUUAUUAUUGUUAUUAUUAUUAUUAUUAUUAUUAUUAUUAUUAAGGUAUUUGCGACGAGAGUGAAGUUUGUGAUAUUUUUUUUUAAAAAAGCCAAACAAUUGCUUGAGAAUGUAUUGACAAAAUUUACAAAUAGGAAAAAAAUAAGCAUUCGAAAUAUUGUUUGAAUUAUAAAAAUCAAGAAUAUCGAAUACACAAACGUAUAUAUAUAAAUAUAUACACACGCUCACAUUGUUAAAUAUAAACAAGUUGAAAAAAGAAAGAAAAAACGACCAAUGCGAACAAACACACACACACAUUGUGCUAUACGCAUCAGCUAAUAUACGUUUAAACUAUUAUAAGAAGCAUUUAAUUGUACUAUAAUAUAUAUGCAUACAUAAACGCGUGUGAAUAUAUCUAUGUAUGUGUACAUUACUCGUAUAAACAUAUUUGUAAGAAUAAUUUGACUAUAAACAUUGUGGAUAUAGUUUUCAGUUUAUAUAUACACAUCAUACCGCUGCAAAGACAGACUUCGUAGCAUUUAUACACAAACUUAGGGGCAUAUAUACAUAGAAGCAUUUAUAUAUAUAUUAUAUCGGUGUGUGCUUAUUUACGAAUAGUUGCACUCUAUAUACACAAAAAGGUUAUCAGCAACUAUAAAUUAAUAUAAUGCUUCGAUAAUAUCAAUAUAAACACAAAACUUAAACAGAAAAACGAAGUAAAAAAAGCCUCGCACUUCUACAUAAAUACAUACAUAUAUAUGUAUAUAUGUAUUUAUAUUUGAUUUUGUUGAAAUUGAACAAAAUACAGCAAUGAAAUAACAAAACUUAGGAAAUCACACACACAUAGAACACACUCGAUACAUCAAUACAUAUCUAUCUAUCUACUUAUAUACAUAUAUACAUAUAUAUAUGUAUAUACAUAUAUGUGACGAGUCUUGAAGCAUUAUAAACACAAACAAGUGAAAGAAACGAAAUAUUAAGAGGAUAUUAUUAUUAUUAUUAUUAUUAUCAUCUGUAUCAUAACACCUAUAUGAAGAGUAACAAUACUCUUAAUACAAAACAUAUAUUGGUUUACAAUUUGGCUCUACCAUUUUGACAAUAUCCGGGAACCUUUUGACAUUUGUGCCCUUAUCUAAGGUACCUAAGGAAUGCAGCAGUUUACAAUCUGGUGUUGUUUGAGACUUUGGUCACUCUGCUUGAUCACAUUUAUUACCUGGAGCACGUAUAUUGAAGCGUGUAAACCACAGCAAGGUUAUGAAAUUUACAUAAUGUUUCCGGAAGAUGCUGCUGUCGGUUCCGUAAUUGGCCAAGUAAAAUUCCGCGACUGGAAUCUUAUAAAACAAGUACACAGUGAAAAAAGUGUCUAUGUUAAAUACGACCCAGGUACAGAAAAUGUAACACUUUUAAAGAAAAUCGACGCAGACAAACAUACAAACAAAAUUACUUUGCGCUUGUUCUGCGAAGACAGAAGUUCCCAAACAAGAAAUGUCACUAUAACAGUUAAUAUUAUAGCUACAAAUGUAAAUGACAAUCCACCAAGAUUUACAGAACGGGUAUAUUACAAAGAGAUCAGUGAAGACACAGAAAUUGGCAGCACGAUAGACUGCGGAGUGGUAGCCACGGAUGGAGAUAACGGAGACAACAUGAGGUUCAGCAUAUUGCCAGACAAAGACCAUGAAUUCUUUUCAAUCAAUCUACCCGGGACUCCAUUAAUCACACUUAACCAGAAGCUCGAUUAUGAAAAACGGAGACACCUGAGUAUAGAUAUCAUGGUACAAGACCAGCCAGAAGGUGUAAAUCAAAAGAAACUCAAUGAUACAGCAACAAUAAACUUCACAGUUCUUGAUGCAGAUGAUUUAAACCCUGUUUUUACCAGGAAGAAAUAUUACGCUUUAGUGAACCACAACGCCGAACUGGGGACGAUUUUAGCAGUAGAACCACCGAUCGAAGCGUACGACCCAGACUACACUUUUAACGAAACAAUCAAAUUUUCUAUUGAUGACGCUGAUAGCACUCCAUUUGAAAUUCAACCCUAUAACGGUACAGUUUACAUAAAGAGACACCUGGAAGUCGGAUCUACUACUUAUGUGAUCAGGGGUGUUCAAGCAAACAGCGAAGAAAGGUUCUGUAUUGCUCUCCUACAAGUUGAUGUUCUUGCCCAAAACGAUACGUCUUUGAUAUUUUCAAAAUCCUUCUAUGAAGCAGCUGUGGUUGAAAAUGCCCCCGUUGGAACAAAUAUUCUUACUUUACCUGUCAUAUACAAAGCCAAAGCGCCUCUUAUUUUUGGCUUCAAAAACCGAACAGAUGUCUUUCGAAUUGAUGAAAGUGGCAGCAUCCGUCUCAGACAACCAUUGGAUUACGAGCGGACACCUUUCUAUACAUUUCUUGCCUUCGUCAGGAACAGUGCCAAGUUUCCAAACGAAUCGCCAGAGAGAUCGGAAAAGGCGAACUGGAAGGACACCACAACGUUUGAAAAAUGA